AUGGUUCAUUAUAAAUUGACCUAUUUUGAUUUUCGUGGACUUGGAGAUUGUAUUCGUCAAGUUUUCUAUUUGGCUAACGUUGAAUUCGAGGAUGAAAGAAUCGUAAUGAAAUCGGAUGAAUGGAAGAAUUUGAAACCAAGUGAGUUGAAAGUCCGAAGAUUUCAAUGAAAUAUUCAUUUCCAGAGACACCUUUUGGUCAUCUUCCUGUUUUAACUGUUGAUGGAUUGGAAAUCCCUCAAUCUAUGGCUAUUGUGAGAUAUCUCUCGAAAAAAUUCGGAUUUGCUGGAAAAACUCCCGAAGAAGAAGCAUGGGUUGAUGCAAUUGUUGAUCAAUUCAAAGAUUUUGGAGUCUCAUUGAGACCAUAUAUUUAUACAAUUUUCGAGAAUAAACCAGCUGAUGUGGUAGAAAAAACCAAAAAAGAAGUUGCUAUUCCAGCUUGUGAGAACUAUUUGAGAAUUAUCAACAAAAUUUUGGAAAAAUCAAAAUCAGGAUUUUUGGUCGGAGAUAGUUUGACAUUUGCUGAUUUGGUUGUUGCUGACAAUUUAUUAUCUCUUCAUAACGAUGGAUUUAUCAAAAAAGGACAACAUCCAAAACUCGACGAAUUCCAAGCGAAAAUUCAUAAUCUACCAGAACUCAAAGAUUACAUUGCUAGUCGUCCAUCCACAACUUUUUAA